CCGGAGGCCGGGCUGAGAGGGGCGGCGGGCCGAGGCCGGGAGGAGGGCAGAGCGGAGCGAGCGCGGCGGCGGAGAGGAGGCGCGCGGAGCAGCAGAGCGGCGGCGCGAUCGGCGCUCCCAGCCGGCCUCCCCACCGCCCCAGCCCCGGCGCGCGGGUUCCGGCCGCCAGGCGGCCACCUUGCUGAGCCGCCACCCCCGCGCCGGCCGCCGCGGGCCGGGCCGGGCAUGAGCGCGGAGGGGCCGCGGCCGCCCCCCGCACCGCCCGGCGCUCCCAGGCCGUGACCCGGGCGGGGCGUGCGGCCACACUCGGGCCCGGGCCCAUGGGAGCGCGUAGCCGGACUUGGGGGCGCUGAUCGGGCGGGCGCGGCCGGAGGAGCCAUGGACUGCUGCAGCCUGGUGCGGACGCUCGUGAACAGAUACUGUGCCGGGGAGGAGGACUGGGUGGACAGCCGGACAGUCUACGUGGGCCACCGGGAGCCCCCGCCAGGCGCCGAGGCCUACAUCCCCCAGAGGUACCCGGACAACAGGAUUGUCUCCUCCAAGUACACGUUUUGGAACUUCAUACCCAAGAACUUAUUUGAACAAUUCAGAAGAAUAGCCAACUUUUAUUUUCUUAUCAUAUUUCUGGUCCAGCUGAUUAUCGAUACUCCCACGAGUCCGGUGACAAGCGGUCUCCCGCUGUUCUUCGUCAUCACGGUCACGGCCAUCAAGCAGGGCUACGAGGACUGGCUGCGCCACAAGGCGGACAACGCCAUGAACCAGUGCCCCGUGCACUUCGUGCAGCACGGCCGGCUGGUGCGGAAGCAGAGCCGGAAGCUCCGGGUUGGGGACAUCGUCAUGGUCAAGGAGGACGAGACCUUCCCCUGUGACCUGAUCUUCCUGUCCAGCAGCCGUGUGGACGGGACCUGCCACGUGACCACCGCCAGCCUGGAUGGGGAGUCCAGCCACAAAACCCAUUACGCGGUUCAGGACACAAAGGGGUUCCAUUCAGAGGAAGACAUCGACAGUCUCCAUGCAACCAUCGAGUGUGAGCAGCCCCAGCCCGACCUCUACAAGUUCGUCGGCCGCAUAAACGUUUACAACGAUCAGAAUGACCCUGUGGUGAGGUCAUUAGGAUCGGAAAACCUGCUUCUUAGAGGAGCCACGCUGAAGAACACCGAGAAAAUCUUUGGUGUUGCUAUUUACACGGGCAUGGAAACCAAGAUGGCACUGAACUAUCAAUCAAAGUCCCAGAAGCGAUCUGCUGUUGAAAAAUCGAUGAAUGUGUUCCUCGUCGUGUACCUGUGCAUCCUUAUCAGCAAGGCACUCAUCAACACCGUCCUGAAGUACGUGUGGCAGAGCGAGCCGUCCCGGGACGAGCCGUGGUACAACCGGAAGACGGAGGCCGAGAGACAGAGGAACCUGUUCCUCAGAGCCUUCACGGACUUCCUGGCCUUCAUGGUUCUCUUCAACUACAUCAUUCCCGUGUCCAUGUACGUCACCGUGGAGUUGCAGAAGUUCCUGGGCUCCUACUUCCUCACCUGGGACGAGGAGAUGUUUGACGAGGAGAUGGGGGAAGGGCCGCUGGUCAACACCUCGGAUCUGAACGAGGAGCUGGGGCAGGUGGAGUAUGUGUUCACGGACAAGACGGGCACCCUCACGGAGAACAACAUGGAGUUCAAGGAGUGCUGCGUGGAGGGCCACGUGUGCGUGCCGCACGCCGUCUGCAACGGCCAGGUGCUCCCUGACGCCUCCGCCAUCGACAUGAUCGACGCCUCCCCGGGCGCCAGUGGGCGGGAGCGGGAGGAGCUGUUUUUCCGGGCCCUCUGUCUCUGCCACACCAUCCAGGUGAAGGAUGACGAUGAGGUGGAUGGGCCCCAGAAGUCACCGGACUCGGGGAAGCGCUCUGCAUACAUCUCAUCCUCGCCCGACGAGGUGGCCCUGGUCGAGGGCAUCCAGAGAUUUGGCUUCACGUACCUGAGGCUGAAGGACAAUUACAUGGAGCUGCUGAACAGGGACAAUGACAUCGAGAGUCUCUCUUUCAGGUUUGAGUUGCUGGAGAUUUUGAGCUUUGACUCAGUAAGAAGGCGGAUGAGUGUAAUUGUCAAGUCUGCUGCAGGAGAAAUUUACCUGUUUUGCAAAGGAGCAGAUUCUUCCAUAUUUCCCCGAGUGAUAGAAGGCAAAGUGGACCAGAUCCAAUCCAGAGUGGAGCGCAACGCGGUGGAGGGGCUCCGGACCCUGUGCGUGGCCUACAAGACGCUCAUCCCGGAAGAGUACGAAGGCAUCCGCGAGCUGCUGCAGGACGCCAAGGUGGCGCUUCAGGACCGAGACAAGAAAUUAGCAGAAGCCUACGAGCAGAUAGAGACAGAUCUGGUGCUGCUCGGCGCCACAGCGGUGGAGGAUCGGCUGCAGGAGAAGGCGGCUGACACCAUCGAGGCGCUGCAGAAGGCGGGCAUCAAGGUGUGGGUGCUCACGGGCGACAAGAUGGAGACAGCGGCCGCCACCUGCUACGCCUGCAAGCUCUUCCGCAGGAACACGCAGCUGCUCGAGGUCACCACCAAGCGGCUGGAGGAGCAGAGCCUGCACGACGUGCUCUUCGAGCUGAGCAAGACGGUGCUGCGCUCCAGUGCCAGCCUCACCCGGGACAACUUCUCAGGACUCUCAGCCGACAUGCAGGACUACGGUUUAAUCAUCGACGGAGCCGCGCUGUCCUUGAUCAUGAAGCCUCGGGAGGACGGGAGCUCCAGUAACUACCGCGAGUUGUUCCUGGACAUCUGCCGAAACUGCAGCGCUGUGCUUUGCUGCCGCAUGGCCCCGCUGCAGAAGGCCCAGAUUGUUAAGUUAAUCAAGCUUUCAAAGGAGCACCCGAUCACCUUGGCGAUCGGCGACGGAGCGAAUGAUGUCAGCAUGAUCCUGGAGGCCCACGUGGGCAUCGGCGUCAUUGGGAAGGAAGGUCGUCAGGCUGCAAGGAACAGCGACUACGCGAUACCCAGGUUUAAGCAUUUAAAGAAGAUGCUGCUGGUUCACGGGCAUUUUUACUAUAUUCGAAUAUCCGAGCUUGUGCAAUACUUCUUUUAUAAGAACGUCUGCUUCAUUUUCCCUCAGUUUUUAUACCAGUUCUUCUGUGGGUUUUCACAGCAGACCCUGUACGACACUGCCUACCUGACGCUCUACAACAUCAGCUUCACCUCCCUCCCCAUCCUGCUCUACAGCCUGAUGGAGCAGCACGUCGCCAUGGACAUGCUCAAGAGGGACCCUGCCCUCUACAGGGACAUCGCCAAGAACGCGCUUCUCCGCUGGCGCGCGUUCAUCUACUGGACGCUCUUGGGCUUGUUCGAUGCGCUGGUGUUCUUCUUCGGUGCUUACUUCAUGUUUGAAAAUACAACUGUGACCAGCAACGGGCAGGUGUUUGGAAACUGGACGUUCGGGACCCUGGUGUUCACUGUGAUGGUGCUCACAGUCACCCUGAAGGCUCCCGCCGACAGGCCCGAUGGCGCCACGGCUAACCUCCUGGUCUCUCUUCAGCUGGCGCUGGACACCCACUACUGGACCUGGGUCAGCCACUUUGUCAUCUGGGGUUCGCUGCUGUUCUACAUCGUCUUUUCCCUCCUCUGGGGAGGAGUCCUCUGGCCCUUCCUCAGUUAUCAAAGGAUGUACUACGUGUUCAUACAGAUGUUGUCCAGCGGCCCUGCCUGGCUGGCCAUCGUCCUGCUGGUCACCAUCAGCCUGCUGCCUGACGUCCUCAAGAAGGUGCUGUGCAGGCAGCUGUGGCCCAGUGCCACCGAGAGAGUGCAGAGGAGCCCGAGCCGCCCAGCCCCGGCCGACGCCGCGCCGAGCCCCGACCGGCCGCUGCUGACGGACCCCGAGCCCCGGCCGAGGCGCGAGUAGCCGGAGGAUAGACCUCGCGCUUCGUGUCAGGACUGCCUCUGGGGAGUCACCCACUUGCUACUCUGUAGUCUCCAACCCCGGGCAGCGCCCUGGAAGGCAGGAAACGCGGGGCCCCUCCUGCUCAGUCUCCCACCACCCGCGGCCCCAGAGGAGGCCACACGCAAGGGUCCAGCCCCGAAGGGCUGCGUGGCGUGUGCUGCUCUUGCGGCCGGAGGAGGAGGAAGAUGGGACAGGCGUCCUUGAGUGGCGACCGAGAAGGACAUGCACGAGCCUGCUACCCUCCCCGAACGCGUGGCGACGGGAGGACCUCUGCUCAAGGGUCUCGGUCCGCUCCAGGCACAGCUGCCCUACCAGGGCCUCCGGGGAGCAUGGCCGAGCCUCGCGGGCUGGGGUCCGGUCUGCUCCAUCCUCCCGAGCCCGACACCUCUGCUUUCGGACCGGCCCCCCGCCCAGUCCACGGCUGCCGUCCAGACCUGCGCGUGGUGACGCUGACCGCGGGUCGCAUCUGGCCCGACUCCGCCCCUCCGGGGGAGGUGCUGCCCGCGUGCUCGGGGAGCCCCUCCCCGUACCCCGCUGCCUCUGGGGGGGGCCUGGCCUGUAAAGCACAGGUUCUGAGAGGUACCCCUUCCCGCGCUAAGGGCGCAGGCGCGGUUUGCUGUUGUGGGAAGGGUGUUUCAGGGUUUGCGGGGACGCGUGGGGGCCUGGGUGCCCGGGGCCGGCCUCUGCUGCGGUGCUCAGACCCCCACGGGGAGCGGCCCCUCGGGCGCGUUGGCCCCCAGAUCCGCACCUGGCCCAGGGUCGCCGAGGCGGCCCGGGAGACCUAAGAGCAAUACCGCUGCCCACCUGCCGCCCGCAGGCAGCCGGGCGGUAAACCCUGUCUCUCUCCUGUAACGGAAUCUCCGUUUCUAGAAAUAACCCAUUCGACGUAGCCUUAAUGGUCCGUAAGGAAAACAUUUCAGUUUGAGGUUCAAACUUCAGAAGGUACAACUGACGGCGUUUUAGGGGAGGGUCACACGGAAGCUGAACGUUGCCCCCUCUGGAUGCCCUGCGGACGCCGGCCGGUGCUGCGCCCACCUGGGUCUGCUCCCGAGUCACUCAGGCCGCGUGGUUCGCUGCUGUAAUGCUCACCUGUGAGAUACUUAUUUGAACGAGGGGAGGAGUUGACCGCAGAACAGGGUACACAGGUGGUGCGGAGAAAGCAGGUGAAGGGCAAGCAUACCAAAGAGUGGGGUGACGCCGAGGGGCCUGAGGCUGGGUGGGCGUCCGCCCGAGGGCCCGCCCCCUCGCCGUCACUCACGCCGCGUCCUGCGUGAGGCCCGCACCAGACCCUGCAAACAGCCGUGUGUGCGUUUUACAGCCGUUUUUAAGAACCUAAAAUGGGUGUAAAUGUCAUACCUGUGGGGGACAGAUUCUCUGUAUGUUUUAGUUAACAAAUUCUUUGUAAUGUAUUUUUUUAGAGAUCUUAAAAUUGCCUUUGCACUGAAGUAUUUUCAUAGCUGUUUAUAUCUCUUUUAUUCGUUUAUUUGUUAACGUACCAUAUCUAAUUUUUAAAGUAUGUUUUUAAAGCUUUUAUUUUUUAAGUUGAAGACAUUUUGGCCACUUUACAUUUAAAUUCUGAUGAACGUUUUGGCUGAAUGUCUCAAUAUCUGAUGAAUGUGAAUUUUCAGAUUUGACUUUAUUCUCUGCGCCUGUUUUGUUUUUGGUGUUUCUGGCAGUAGCGAGUAGUUACAAGGCAUAUUUAGAGUCUGAUCAUUUGCUCUGCUCUUUCUUCACCGUUCAUUGCAAUUUCAUCUGCUUUUUCUUUAGUUUUUAGUUUCUAUCCUUCAGCCUUAAAAUAGAAGCUUCUUGACGGUUCGCUGUCCUCUUUCUGCCUGUAUCCAGACGGUUAUCACUUACCUCGUAUAAUUCAAGUCUCCUUAGGACAGCUACUGACCGUUACACGCCCCAAUAUGUCUUCUUAAAAUUGUUUGGGAAGUUCGUAAGUGACUGCGCCUGACAAUGUGAGAUGGACCAGGGGCAUGAGUCCAGAAGCCAGGGAAGGACGAGAACCAGGGAAGGGACAUUUCAGACAAGACAAUGAGACUGCCACCUGGCGGUGGGCAGUGCUUACUUGCCUUAAACUGACCUUAAAGCAAGUAAUUUAAGUAUCUUCCUUAGUUUUGAAAAUCUUACUCACAGCUGCACAAUAACCACGUAUUAACAUCUCCCCCAUCGGUCCGGAUGUCUGGUUCCUGACCCGCACGCCAUCCCCCAUAGCUAGCGUCCCCACUGGAGGGGACCCGCCCUCGGGACCAGGGCCGGACCCUCCCAGCUGCAGCCACGUCCUGGCUGGGAGAAGAGACGCGCUCUCGGCCACUCCUGUUAGAACCCCAGUCAGCCCAUUCCUGUGCCCUUGACUCCACGGGCAGACACAGACCAAACGACCCCCAGGGGCACGGCCGCGAGGCUCGCUGGGGGCGGAGCUUCUGCAGUGACAGGCCGCAGAUGCCUAGUUCACCCUGUGAGACUUUGCAGCUUGAACUAUAGCAACGCCUCGCACACAGUGUAACUAUUCUUAAAUUUACGGGCAUCAACCACAAGUUCAGGGCAACCUAAGGGGAGUUUCCGGCCUUUUUCUUUAAAACCACUAAGUUCACCUGUUUUGCACUGAUUAUGAAGAACCUAAUGCAACCACUUCUGCUUAUCUUGAAAUUAAUGGUAUUUAUUUAACAACUCAGUGUAACAGCUUGGUAUGCACUUUCUUUUGGAAGUUUCCCAUUUCUAAAAAACAGGGAAAAUGUCAGCUGGCAAAUGCGUUCAUUCUGUUUUGUUUUUUUUUUUAGUUAGAGGGUAGGUGAAUGGGGGUGAGAAUCGUUUUGAUGUCCAUAAACAAAGCUUUAAUGAAGAUGUGUCGGAGUAUUAUUAAAGUGUGAUUCUACUUUUGCAGAAAAAAUCUAAAGAUCAGUUUAUAUAGCUUUAUUUUUUACCUUAUCAAAAUAUACAGAAUUUUAAUAUGCAUAUAUUGUCUCUGACUUAAAAUUAUGUGCAUCUGCAUUGCUGUUUAAAAUGUUCAUUCAUUAUGUAAUGUGAUAAAGAAAAUCUUCAAAAAUAUAUUUAACACGAAUGGUAUCUAUAGGUAUUGUCAUCAUAAAUACUGGAAUUUAUUUUUAAAUUAUUGAAUAUAGUAGGUGUGUUUAAGAUAAUAAAUCAACCUCUGAACAGUAA